UGCACAUUUUAUUUUUCCAAACAUUGAACCAAAAGGUAGAAAAAAUGAUCAUUGAGGAAGGCUGACUGAUAUGUCUCACACAACAACCUGCAUGUUCCAAUUCCAUUGUCUCCAUUGCAGUCACAGAGUUGUGCAACAAUGAAGUGCUGGAGUGGGAGCCAGUGGGCAUAAAAUAGAAGAGAAAAAAAGAGGCAUCAGUGUUGUCAUGAUUACACUCUAGUUCCUACAUGCUUAAACAUUGGUGGAGUUUAGUCAGUCUGAUAUUCAUUGUUUCUAUUUCUGACUUGUGGUUGUAUCCAAGCACAAAUCAUUUAUAUAGACAGUAAUUCUGUUAAUUCAGUCAUCAGAGAAGCCUUGUUUGGAUAAUAAACAAUUUUAUUUUUGUAGUUGGGAGCAGAAUUAUGGCAUUCUGUUCUGCUGAAAUAUUGACUUAAAAUAGUGAAAAAUUAUGACAGAAUAUUAAAUAAUUCUAAAAAUAGGAUAAGCUCCUCUUACUCUCCCUCCUCAGUUACUGGCUCCUGUAUUCAGAAAAUGCACACAAGUUAUUUUAACAUGUUUGAUGAAAACCAAUCAUAUGACUAAAAACCAAUCACUUAGCACUAAAAAAAGGGAAGAAAAAAAAAAGUAUCUGGUUCUCCUCAAGAGAGGAUAAACCCCAAAAUAUCCUGGUUCUAAUAUCAACAGCCCUCCAACCCCACAGACUCAGUUCUUCAAAUUUACUUGAUUGCACUUAUCUUUAUUUUAAAAGUCAGUAGAAAUCAUGGAGACAACAGAGCACUGAACACUGCACCAAUAUUACUGCAGCUUUGAUAAUUAUUUUUCAAGUAAUAUUGAAAAAUUUUAUUAUGACUAAAUGUAGUAAAAUUUCUGCCUUCACCACUAAAAAAAUAAUCUAUCACCUUAGGCCAUGUUCCACAAAGAGGAGGUUGUGCAUGGAUUACAAAGCAGGACUGUGGCAGAAGAGAACUCUUGAGGCAGCAAGAACAGAAGAAAGGGUGUAUUUAAAACAAGAGUUUAGGCUUUUCUCCAUACUUUCAAAAUAAGAAAAUACAUUGCUUUUAUUGCCUGAAACACUGCAGAGUCAGAUUUGCUUUACUUAAAUGUUCCCACAGAUCUGUCUGUGAGGUGUAAGUCUGCACUUAUGCCAAGUCACCAAAAGCUUCAGUCCUCCAGGAUCUUGUGAAGUGAAAGGUCAGCAGCUAUGUGGCACCGAAAGAGAUCUGUGAACUUUCCCCUUGGUAAGAAAAUGCUAGAGUAAUGGAAUAUUGCAAAUAACUGUGGUUUGGCAAAACCUAAGAGUAUGCUGUAAUACACACAAGCCAGAAUGGGAAGUGUCCAACUGGGGAUCAUGAUUAAAAAAAUAACAAACCCUCAGCAAAGCAGUUUCUUAGCCAGUGCAUCUUGUCAGUGUCUUUGUGCACUGAAAAUCCUAUUUUACUGACAAAAUAAUCUGCAGAGAAACCAGUCCUACCUACUGAGCAUUAGCUGUACUGCACUAGGUCAGAUUUUGACAGUUUCCUAGCUUGAUUUUGAAUUGUGUAUUAAAAAAAAAAAAAAAAAAAGCUAAAAGCACGUCUAUCCAGCUCUCUAUCCUGUCCUCAUCAGCAGAAAGACCAGUAAACUCCAAGAUUAGCCCACGUCUUCUCUACAUAACUGUCCAGCACAUUGUGGACACUAUUUGUGCAACCUCCUAGGAAGAAGUAGGAAACAGAAUAUUCUGGGUCUUGUCUUGCUGGUCUUGGCGUACUGGGCUUUUUUGGAACUCACCUGCACUUUUUGGUAAGUGGUGCCUGACUUUAAAAAGCAAAGUGCUCUCUCUCUCAAAUCGAAGGCAUUAUUUCUUCAUCCUGAAGCUUGUGUUGCUGUCUAAAUAUCAUCACUGCACUCUGUCCGGAGAGGGCCGUUUUAUAACAGGAACGUGACUUAAGUACAUAUGCUGAGUUACGGCAAGGUAGGUGGCCUCACUUUCCAUUUCUAGGGGAAGGCUGGACUCCUCAGCACUCCAGUAAAUGCCUAAUAGCACAUUUUUCAAAUCUACUUUUCCACGCACAUCCUAAACUAGUGCUUUAUCAUAGACCAGCUUAUGCAGUUAUCUUAUGACUUCAAAGUGUGAAAGGUUACUUAACGUGGUUUUUUUAAGUACUCUGAUCCUCCCCCUGCACGUCCAAAUACAGUACCUUUUCCAAACAAGUCAAGUAGCAAUAAGAAAUCAGGAAAAGAGAAAAAUGAAGCAGCAGGACAACUGCCUUUACUGUUAAUUCCCGUGUGCGAAUUUAGCCUGGUUUUGCUCUAGGGACCACGCGAAUCGCUCGGGGUUGUUUUUGCCGAAUAACGCGGCAAGAGCACAAUACCGGUUUCCUUUUGACGAGAGGACAGGAAAUAAAUCAGGCGUACUUUGAAAGCGCUGCUCCGGGAGGCGCCGCGCUGCCCGGGUCCCUCCCGCAUUUCCGACCCGCGGCUGCCCCUCGGCCACCGGCCCCGCCUGCGCGCUGCCGCCGCCGCCGCUCGCCCCGCACCGGGCUCCGGGCUCCGGGCACGCCGCUGCCGUCCCCCACCGCCCCGGCGUAGGGCUCGGGCGGGCGCCGCGGGGGGAGGCGGAGCCCCGCCGCCGGGGCCGCCGCAGGGCCCGAGCUCUCGCCGCCGCCGUCCCCCGCGUCCCUCCCCGCCCCCCCGCCGCCGCCGCUGCCGGGGCCGGAGGCGGUGCCUGCUCCGUGGGGCAGGCGGAAGGAAAGGGCCGGCCGCAGCCUGAGGCGAGCCGGGGCGCCAGCGGGCCGAGCGCCGGGGACCCCGCCGCGCAGUCGGGCCGAGCGCCGGGGGGAACCCGCCGGGAACCCACGGCGGAGAGUCCCGGCGCUGCCGCCGGGCUGCGGGCGAGCGGCCGGGCUGCGGGGGAGCCGGGGCCGCCGCCGGGGCCGCCCCGCGCCGGCGCAGCCAAUGGUGGUCGGCGGGGCGGGCUGCGCCGCGCCGGGCUGCGUUGUGCAACGCGCCGCGCUUUGAAGGCGACCAUCGUCCCUGGGAGGCCGGUCUCACUCGGCAUCUGUCACGGCAGGGCGGCUGGCGGGGAGCCGGGGCCCCGGGCGGUCCGAUGAAGACCCGGCGGGACCGACCUUCCCGCUGGGCAUGAGCCGGCCCCGCUAGCACCGGCGCGCAGCGGUGCACUCCGGCGGGGCAGGAUGACCCACAUGCUGCAUGCGGCGGCCCGGCGGGUGCAAUGGAGCAGGGCGAGCGCCGCGAAGAGGGCUGCGUGCCUGCUGGCUGCGGCGUACGGGCUCCGAAUCCUCUACCCCCUCCUCCGCAGGCGCAUGCAGCGGGCGGGCUGCGCCGGCGGCUCGCAGGAUGCGGCCCGGGCUGAGGGGGGCCGGGAGGCGCCUCACCGCGCCGGCAGCCGGGGCAGAGCCUCCCCGGCCGUCAACGCCGAAUUUUUCAAGCAGCUGCUGGAACUUCGCAAGCUGUUCUUCCCGAAGCUGGUGAGCGCCGAGCUGGGCUUGCUCUGCCUCCACUCCGUCGCUCUGGUUUCCAGGACCUUCCUCUCCAUCUAUGUGGCCGCCCUCGAUGGGAAGAUUGUGAAAAGCAUCGUGGAAAAAAAGCCCAGGAGCUUUGUCUUCAAAUUAAUCAAAUGGCUGAUGAUUGCAAUCCCAGCCACCUUCGUGAACAGCACCAUACGGUACCUGGAGUGCAAGCUGGCCCUCGCCUUCCGCACGCGCCUGGUGGAUCACGCCUAUGAGACCUACUUUGCCAACCAGACGUACUACAGAGUGAUCAGCAUGGACGGGCGGCUGGCCAACCCUGACCAGUCCCUCACCGAGGACAUCAUGAUGUUCUCCCAGUCUGUGGCGCAUCUCUACUCCAACCUCACCAAGCCCAUCCUGGAUGUCGUGCUCACCUCCUACACCCUCAUACGCACAGCGCGGUCCCGGGGGGCUAACCCCAUCGGGCCCACGGUCCUGGCGGGGCUCGUCGUCUACGCUACGGCCUGCGUGCUCAAAGCCUGCUCGCCCAAGUUUGGCAAGCUGGUGGCGGAGGAGGCUCAGAAGAAGGGCUACCUGCGCUUCAUGCAUUCCCGCAUCAUUGCCAACGUGGAAGAGAUCGCCUUUUACCGAGGGCACAAGGUAGAAAUGAAACAACUGCAAAAAAGCUACAAGGCUUUGGCAGAUCAGAUGAAUCUCAUUUUGUCCAAACGUUUAUGGUACAUCAUGAUAGAGCAGUUCCUGAUGAAGUAUGUCUGGAGUAGCUGUGGUAUGAUUAUGGUUGCUGUGCCCAUCAUCACCGCAACAGGAUUUGCAGAUGGCGAAUUGGAAGAUGGCCAGAAACAGGCAAUGGUUAGUGAAAGAACAGAAGCUUUUACUACAUCACGAAAUUUGCUGAUCUCUGGAGCAGAUGCUAUUGAAAGGAUUAUGUCUUCAUACAAAGAGGUUACAGAGCUAGCAGGCUACACUGCCCGUGUCUACAACAUGUUUUCAGUCUUUGAUGAGGUGAAGAGAGGCAUCUACAAAAGAACUGCUGUUAUCCAAGGGUCUAAAAACAACAGCAAGAAUGAAGAUAAAGCAGAAUUACGCAUUGAUGGGCCCUUAGAAAUCAAAGGGAAAGUUAUUGAUGUUGAUCAUGGAAUUAUUUGUGAAAAUGUUCCUAUUAUUACUCCGAAUGGCGAUGUGGUGGUUUCCAGACUAAACUUCAAAGUCCAGGAGGGGAUGAAUCUUUUAAUCACUGGACCCAAUGGCUGUGGAAAGAGUUCACUCUUCAGAAUUUUAAGUGGUUUGUGGCCUGUGUAUGAAGGAGUUCUCUACAAACCCCCUCCACAACACAUGUUUUAUAUACCACAAAGGCCCUACAUGUCCAUUGGAACACUACGUGAUCAAGUCAUCUAUCCAGACUCUGUGGAUGACAUGCACGAGAAGGGCUACCAAGAUCAAGAUCUGGAGUGUAUCCUGCAUAUGGUUCAUCUGUAUCACAUAGUUCAAAGAGAAGGAGGCUGGGAUGCCAUCAUGGACUGGAAAGAUGUCUUAUCAGGAGGAGAAAAACAAAGGAUGGGCAUGGCUCGGAUGUUUUACCAUAAGCCGAAAUACGCAUUGCUGGACGAAUGCACAAGUGCUGUAAGCAUUGAUGUUGAAGGAAAGAUAUUCCAAGCUGCAAAAGCUGCUGGGAUAUCACUGCUUUCUAUAACGCACAGACCUUCUCUUUGGAAGUACCACACUCACUUGCUGCAGUUUGAUGGACAAGGUGGCUGGCGUUUCGAGCAGUUGGACACCGCUAUCCGUUUAUCACUGAGUGAGGAAAAACAGAGACUGGAAUCCCAGCUUGCAGGAAUUCCUAAAAUGCAGCAGAGACUGAAUGAACUGUGUAAAAUCUUGGGAGAAGACUCAGUGCUUAAAACAAUGGACAAAGAGGAAUAAAUAAUUUAUGGUUUAUGUUUUUAAAAGUAUUUUUUUAGUUAAAAGCAUUACAAAAUCAGCCAUUAUCCUUUGCAUGCAUUGUGAUAGAGGCUUAGAGCAUGGAGAAACACAGCCAACAGAAAAUAAUGCUCUGAAUGCUUUGUAAGACUUUAGCGUUUUAGUAUUAAGGAAGAAAGUGGUUGAACUGUGAAAAGAAAACAAGCGAGUGCACAGAGUAUAAGAUUAGUCAUUGCAGCUUAUGUUAAUUCCUAGUGAAAGCCCGAUUCACUGCAAAAAACCUUAGGUUUUAUAGGUGAAUUUUUGCCUGAGACUUGGCCUGCAGAAUGUGCUCUUGUACCAGGUCACUGUGUGCGUAUGAUAUGCCUGCUACGCAGAGCAAACCUGGCAUGAAACUCAGGCAUGGAGCACGGCAGAGGCAGCAUCUGGGUGAGUAUGCAGAUGCAUGCAAAAAUCUCAUUUGGGUAUAAGAAACAUUCUUUCAGCCCAUGUAAACCAAACUCCUCUUCUACUGCUGAAUCACAUAUACACUUUUACCUGCAUUUCAAUAGCAGGUAACAUAAUAGCCUGACCAGAAGAGAACUGUCCAAGCAACCUUCUGCCCUCACGACAGAGAAGCAGAGAUAGAACUAAAUAUAUAAUAUGCUUGUGCUGUACUUUAUGCCAUUACACAUAGCUUCAGAGGCUCUUUGCCCUUCAUGAUACAUCAGUUUCUUUGUAGGAUUAUUUAUGUCCCCUAUUUAGUAACUCCUGGUGGUAGGGAUGGAGCACUGGGCCUGGCAUCAAGUGACUUAGUUUUCGCUUGACUAAGUCAUUCAUCUGCUCCAUGGGUCUGAUCCAGACAUUGUCCAUCUCUGACCCAGUUCCUCCGUUGGUAAAAUCUCAAUAUAAACACUCAUUUGUUCCAUGAGACACUUUGUGAUGGGAAGGACUGUAGGAGAGGAAAAUGUCCGUUUCUAACAAUACACUGAAUUCUCAGGCGUGACUGCUCUGCCAAUUAAAAUGCUCAGCACUUAUAAAGGCCUGUGAAAAGUUAGAACAUUUUAUAACCACUAAUUAAUAUGCCUGACAUAUUUUGGUAGGGUGGCUGAACACUGCCCUCCCUCUGAGCAAACGCACUAGUUAACAGCUUUGCUUUCAGAUGCACUUACUGAUUGUCCCAUCUGCUUUUCAGUUCAGUAGGAACCUGGUCCCCAGUCAGUCAGAAGGGUGCUUUAAACAGAACCCCCUAAGACAGUGCUGGCCUGAGUGCCUUGCCAGAGGCAAAACGUGGUGAAUUAGAAAUAAAGAUCUGCAUGGAUUUAAGAGCUCCUGAUCUGCUCUCUCUGACUGCAAGUGCACAGCAAAUGGGCAGCUUGGAAGUGAAGAUCAGGAGGGUAAGAAGCUUUGCAGAUGGGUAAAUGAGCCUUUAGCCAAGAUGUAGCAAUUCUGAAGUUUGUUGUAUCUUUUUUUCCUAGAAGUGUGAUUCGUUAGAAGAUUUCUGUCUGCUGUGCUUAGUCUGAGAGGGGCAAUGCAUAAGCUGUUAACAACUGUUAGGAGAAAUAUUUUGGUGGUAUUUGCUGAGCUGGGAAUGUUUGAGCACCCUGAAGUUAAUAUAAAUGGUUUCCUUUUUCUGAUCACUUCAAGAACAAAGGGAAGAUGACUUAACUCCAUCUGCCAAAUCCCAGUCCAGUGCACUAACCAUUAUCCCAUCUUCCCUUUCACUGUGUGGUCGUCUUGAUGCUCGGUAUGGCACUUGCACCAGAAAAUGGAAUAAGUCUGCUCCCUGUCUGGCUCCUCUGGCAUCUGUGGCUAGAAUGUAGCCCUGUAACCUGUCCUGGUGACAACAGUUUGCUCCUCUCAUUAGUUUUCCCUGUAGAGUCCCCUGGGACAUCUCACUGACACAGAAAGGAAUGCUCUUGGGAACUUUUGAAAGGGAUGAGAAAUUAAGGUUCAAGAUAAUAAGAUGUGUUGUCAAGUGUAGACUGGAGGUCACUGCUGUGGUGGAUGACAUGUGCAUGCAUUUUAAUUUGCAAUUGUCUCUGCUUGUCCCUCUCCCUGAAGGCUAGCUUUCCUCUUUCUGAUCUUCAAAGAAAAAUUCAGAACUUCUAAGGAAAAAAGAAGUCAGCCAAGAAUCUGUUGUCGGUGAGCAUAAAUGAGAUGACUGAUGAUUUUAAAGGCUUGCACAUUUCUGAGUUAUGUUUCUCUAAGAUGGUGAUGGAUCAGGCAUGCACCAUAUGCAUGCCCUUGUCCCAGCUGCAGCGUAUCCUCCUGCUAGCACAAAGCAGCCACAAAGCCACCUUUCCACAAGCCUCUCCCAAGGCAGGUGCUGAGGUGGAGGAAGGGGUGUCAGUGUUCCCCCCUCCUCUGUUAAGCACUUCACCAUGUGGCAGAGAGCUAAACCACGGUUGUCCAGUCCCUGAAUGAGGAGGACACCAAAAUGCAGAAUAAUUGACCCAAUUCAGCACAGCUCCAGGUCUGGUCCUGCAUGCUCCCAGCCUCCCACUGAAGCUCUGCCAUGGCACUUGACUUGUUGGGAGCUGUUAUGGGCAAGUCCAGCGCCUGAGAUCUGCUGUACUGCCUCGCAGAGGUCGAAGCUGGCCAUCCUUCACAGUGCAACAGAAACACAUCCUCUGUGGAAACCGUGUUUAGAAAAAGACAGUUUGGUUGCUGUUUUUUUAAAUGAGAUUAUGCAUAAAACAUACAAAAGAUACGUACAUUACUGAUGAAAUAGUAAUGAAAACUGUAAUCACACCAGGAUCAAUGUAACAGUGUUUUCUUUGAAGUUUGAUAUAUAUUUCUUGGAUCCAGUAAUAGAUUUAACCAUUCUCAUUCAAUAAUACAGCAUAAAAUAUCCUAGCAUCUAUCUCAGCUAUUUACAUUCUUGUAGGCAUGACAAGAACAUCAGAGACUGGUAUGAGAAGAAACCCUUCUCUAAAUAGGAACCUUCUGAGUAAUAUUGAGCCAGUUUUAGAAGGAUUUGCUGUACUGGUGGCUCAUUAUUUUAAAGGUUAGUUUUGUGGCUGGAAGAGAAGCUGCCCUGGAGAUUUUCUCUGCAAACUUUCUGAGUUGUUCCAAGGGCUAAUUGAGACAAGAGUCUCUGGUUCUCUUUCUAGAGAGUUUUACCUCUGGUGUAAGGCAGAGCAUAAGCCAGGUCACUUUGUGCUGCUUCGGACCCAGCCAGGAAAGCACUAGCAAAGGCACACGCUCCCUGCUCAGGGAAUGGCUCAGGGAGCUGCUGUUCUGGGGCCGAGGCACAGGGAGCACUUGGUCCUUGCAGUGUGAGAGGGUCAGAGCAGGGCAGGAUGCCUUGGUGGAAUCCUUUUUCAUGGUGCAGUGAAUGCUGCUCAUCAGUGUUCAUUCCCAUUCUGGCGUUCAGGAGCUGUGACUCCCCGGGAGGCCAAGGAAGUGGCUUUUUGGCCUUUCUUCUGCCUGUCGUAUCUAGCUGGAGCUGGCCAGAUCCUCUGUGCAUCCAGGGCUGGCUACUGCAACACGCUCGGCCUCCGGAGCGCACCCUCUCAGCCCCCAGGCCUCGGGGCAGACUCGACUCACCUGGGUCUGCAUCCUAGAGCAGUACAGGUGCUGAGCAAAAUACAUACCAGUCUCAGGCAUGGAGUAACUGUACAAUAAAAAUAUGAAGUAUCCACACCGGUUCAUUCAGUUAAUGUUGGGAUUUUUUUGCAAGAAUCUUCAGAAUGGGACAAAACACUUUUUGUGCAUGGGAUUUCAGUAUUUUAACCUAGGAGGAGUUUGUUUUUCACUUAAUUUUGGGACCAGACUCAGUCCUGUUUUAGACUUGGAAGCCCUCCUUCUGCAGGGGUAGAAAACCCCACAUACCUUUUAAAGGAGUUUUUUGAAACCAGUGGGAUUUGUAUCUGAGUGAGGAUUGAAGGACUGAGUAUUCAGUGGGAUAUUUUAGGGAAAAUUGGAAUAAAAAUUAUAUCCUAAAGCAAAUGAAUACAUCUGCAGUCCCCUCAACAUGUCUGAAUGAUGAUAAUGCAUGUCAAAGUCAAGUUUAUGAGCCUGUGAUCAGAGAUUACAAUCGUAUAUAGAAUUAAAUCCCCCUACUGAGCUAUUCAUGAAGCUUAAGAGAACUGAACUGCUAAUUGAAUGUGUCUCUUUUGUUUAUGUUUGAUAUUAAUGCCUUUUAAGAGCAGACAAUUUAUAAAGCAAUAAAUUAUGCUUUACAGAUGUAAUUUAUUCCAGCCUCAAAUAAAACAUGUUGCAUUUACUUGGA